AUGGUACUUUGCAAUGACGAAGAAGAAAUAUGGACCGUUAAUGUUCAUUUCGAAUCACCAACAGUAAUAGUAAUCGUACUGAGUUAUGAAAGCAGUCAGCAAUUGCAUCCGAAUCAAAAGAACGGCAGUGUGAGAAUGUUCCAAUCAUCGGAUGUUGAAACUGCUCCCUCUUGCAGCAGUGCCUCGCCCUCUCGUAUCAAAUGGCUCGUGUCUGAGUGUUUCAUUCGUUCCACCAUCCAUGCACUAUUGACCAGUCCGUAUAUCAUUGUGAAUUUGAUCGAUCGUUUAUCGCGAGACUACAGUUUCAAUCGGAAGAAUGCGUUGAUUAUACGCACCAAACUCGAUCAAGCGUUAUGCGACCGAAUUGACUAUCGUUGGGAUGAACGAAUCAGUUCGAUUGUCUAUCGUGCAGUACAAAUGGAGUGUCAUUUAUGGAUUUUAUCCACACUCGGUGGAGCAUUCUCAGCGAUGGGCGAUUACUACUCGAAUUUCGCCGAAACGGCUGGUCGUAUCUCGGUGCGACAGCUACGGCUCGCCUAUGAAUACGGCGAUCCGGUGUUGAUCUCAAGAUGUAAACUCUACAUCGCACUCUAUUUAACGCAGAAAUGCCACUUCAAAAAAGCGGCACAGAUUGUCAGGUAA